AUGAGGGACGAUGUAUCUAAGAUCGUUGACUUGUGUCAACAGCUUAAUGAAUCAACUAAAUUGAAACGUAAUGGGAAAUGUAUAAAGUUCACCAACUUUGCUUCUCAUACUACUAUUCCUAUUGAUUCUUGGAAAUUUCUUGAAUGGGAUUAUGGAAAAGAAUCUGUCAAAUUACCUAUUCAAGCUAGAGGUUUGUUUACUACUAAUGAUGAUACUAUUGUUGUUAGAGGAUAUGACAAGUUUUUCAAUAUUGGAGAAAAAUCAUUCACUAAAGAAGAGGAAAUAAUCAAAUCAACUCAUGGUCCAUAUGAAGUAACUUUGAAGGAAAAUGGAUGUAUUAUUUUCUUUAGUGGGUUAUCUACCGGAGAUAUUAUUGUUUGUUCUAAGCAUUCAACCGGCGAUCGAGAUGAAGGAACUAGAAACCAUGCACAAGAAGGAGAGGCACAGUUAGUGAAACAGUUGGGUAAAGAAAAAGUUAAAGAAUUGGCCAAAUAUUUAUUCAACAACAAUCUUACUGUUGUUGCUGAGUUAUGUGAUGACGAAUUUGAAGAACAUGUAUUGCCUUAUCCAAAAGACAGAUCCGGUUUGUAUAUUCAUGGGUUGAAUUAUAAUACUAUCUUGUUCAACACUGUUCCAAUGGAGCAGGUUAUUGAAUUCACCAAUGAAUGGGGGCUCCGAUCAGUUCAGUAUUUGACUUACACCAACAGUGAAGAUUUAUUCAAAUUCUUACAUAAAUGUAGUGAAACAGGUACUUAUAAUGGCCAAGAAAUCGAAGGUUUUGUCAUCAGAUGUCAUAGACAGGAUAACCUGGAUUUCUUUUUCAAGUACAAAUUUGAACAACCGUACUUGUUGUAUCGUCAAUUCAGAGAGUGUACCAGAGAUUUAUUAUCAGGUAAAACCGUCUCAAGUAUUCGAGUUAAAAAGAAUAAAGAAAUCACCAAGAAAUACCUUGAAUUUGUUCAAGAUUUAUUUAAUAAAGAUCCAACUUUGAAAGAAUCUUUCGCCAAGGGACAUGGUAUUAUCAAAGUGCGUCAAAUGUUUUUACAAAACUUGAAUGAAACAAAUGGUAUGAAUUUGUUAACUAUUGACGAAGAAUUAUCAAAACAAUUAGCAGGAAUUAAGCUUGAUCCAAUUGUUAAAUAUGUCCUUGUACCAGUUGCAACUAUUGGAUGUGGUAAAACAACCGUGUUCAAUACUUUAGUUUCAUUAUUCCCAGAAUGGGUUCAUAUCCAGAAUGAUAACAUUUCCAAAAAUGCUAAACUAAAGAUUGUCGAUUUAACAUUGAAAGCAUUAGACCAAGCUCCACUUGUAUUGUUUGAUAGAAACAACUCAGCAUCGAGAGAAAGAAAACAGAUAUUCACAACUGUUGAUCAAAAAAGACACGAAUAUAUUGAUGAUAUUGUAGAAGUGAAGUACAUUGCAGUUAAUUUCAUCGACAACAACAUAAGUGAUCAAGAUCUUUGGGAUAUCACAUUUGGCAGAAUAAAAAAGAGAGGAGACAAUCAUCAAUCGAUCAAACCAGAAACAGAUGAAAAAUUAGUGGAGAAUAUUAUGAAGGGUUUCAUUGGAAGAUUACAACCAAUCAACACCAAAGCACCUCCAGAUGAUGCAUUUGAUCAUGUGAUCAAUUUGAAAUUGACAAAGGAUGAAAACUCAUCCUUGAACAAUGUCAAGACUAUAAUAAAUGAACUUGCAAAAAAAUACCCAGAUUUGGUACCAUCUAAACCUAACGAGGGUGCUAUAGAAGUUGCAUUUAAGGAAGCAUUAAAUUACAAACCAACAUUUGUCAAAGAUAUGAGUGGCAAAAAACCAAAGGAUCCAACAUUUUAUGGGAUUUCAAUCAAUCGUUCUCGAGUAUUGGAUGAAAUUGAACCAGUAUUAUCUUUCAACGACAAUUACAACAAUUUAAAAAAAGAAAACUUGGUUCAGGAUGAAUUUCAUGUAACUUUAGCACAUAUAGCAAGUACUAAAGAAAAAUCCAAUAGAAUCAAAUGGAAAAAUAUCAAAUCCAAACUCGGAUUAGGUAAUCCAGAUCAAUCAAAGACAAUUUUGGAAUUUUUCGGUGAUAUCAAAUUGUUGCAAAUUGUUAUUAACCAGGGUAAAUUGAUUUGUAUUAAAGUUCAACUACUCAAGAUUUACAACAAGGAUAAAGAUAUCGUUGAGAUUGAACCAGUGAAUAAACAUAAUCAUAUAACUGUUGGUUGUUUCCCACCUACUUUAGCAUACCAAUCUAAUGAAACCUUAGAGGAAUUGUAUAAAGAUGAUGAUCAAGAGCUCAAGUCAGAUGGAAAAUACCAAUGUGGGGAAGACACAUUAGAAGUUAUCAAUUUCUCAAAUGACAUUACUUUAGUAAAUCAAAAGUUGUUUGUAGUUUAUCAAUAG